CACACCCAUGUGCAACACAUAUAAAGAGGAAUAAAAUAAAAAGCGAGCAAUUUUCGAAAGAUUUUUGCUAGAGAAACGGAGAAACGUGCCGCGCAUUUGGAGCCACAGAGAAAUAGUAUAUAAAAAAAGCUAUAUAUACACAUAUAUAGCGGUGGAUAUAAAAAGGUAAUCAGUCAACAGAGAAAAGACCCCUGAAAAGAAGCCACAAAGAAAGAUUUUGAAAGCAAGAAAAAGAGCGAGGAAUACCGGGAAACGGAAACGGCAAGCGGAAAAACGAAACCGGAAACGGAAACGGAGAGGAGACGGGACGAGACGAGACGAAACGAGGCGGCAGUGUUUGACAGUUGAGGGGCAACCAUCGGUGAUGUGGGACACAUCCCGGCACGGGCAAUGCAACAACCCCAACGUUAUAUACCGUCUGUAUCUGAUCUAUAUGGCACGGACGAGAUAGAACUGCUGCUGGACGAGAUUCGGGAGCUGGAGCUGGAGCCGGUCUGCUGUCAGCUGGACGAUGAGCAGGACUUUGAGAUAGCUGGCAGCAGGGCCGGCGAGCUCUCCCUAGCUCACUCGCAUUCGCACUCGUUGUCCCUGGAAUCGCCACUGGGAACGUGCACCUCCUGGGACUCGCAUGCCAACUACAAGCAGAGGGGCGGACACACCCCGAUGCCCUGGGGCGUGGCCCUCCACUGUGAUCCGCAACACUUGAAAUCGCCUACAGGGAUUGUGCGCAUACUAUUGGUGUUAUCCUCGGCCGCCUGUCUGGCCUGCGAAUGCUCCGCGGGCACCGUACAGGUGGGCCUCUUUCUACUGCCACUCAUCGGACGCCUGAGGCUGAUGGUCUUCUGUGCGCUCUUCUCGUUACUCAUCACAUGCCUCAUGCUCUUUCUGGAUAUAUCGCAUAUAGCCCUCAUGUUUCCAUUCAAUUGGACUAAAGUGAACACGUGGAUGUACCUGAGUAUUGGUUUGAUAUUUAUUUUGAGCUCCACAUUGCUUGUCCACAUGGUGCUGUAUGCCACUGAGUACACCUGGGUGUCCAAGCAUUCCAAGGACACGCUGCUGGCCACAGGGAUAAUCGGCUAUUUGUGCGCCUUGGAGGCAUUUCUUCUAUCGGGCAUCGCAUCCUGGCCAUGGACUCAGUACCGCCAGGUGCCCGACGAUGCCAGCGAAUUGUUUAUCGAGGAUCGCGAGAUGACGCCGAUGAGUCCCAUUAAUUGUAGCACCGAUCUGCAGGCGACGCCUUAUCAUCAUAAUGGCAAUGCCACAUCGUCGGAUCUAUAUAACCAACAACAACAACAAUCGUCCUGUAAUCAAAAGCCUUAUAUACCUGCCAAACGACCCAAUGAGCUCAACAAUCAGCGUCCAGCAUUGGGUCACACACAAACCGCACGGUCGAAACCCAAUCAGCGCUAUAGAGAAGGCUACCACUAUACAUCCCGCCAGAGUCCCACUUUCGUGCUGGGCGAUGAUCAGGGCAAUGCCGGUCCAUCCACGUCCCGUUCCAAUGAUAAUUCUAGUGCGUGAUAGUUUUUAAUUCCUCAGCCAGAACCGGAAGGAUUACAGAGAUCUCUUAGCUACCAGAAUUGGAGAAUACGAAAUUGGAAAGGAAGCAUUGUUGCACAAGCAUUUCGGUCAAUGUAGGAAACCACAAGAGAAAACCAAAACCAAAAACACAAAACAAAGAAACCAAAUUGUUAAUUAGUUUAAAGGCAAAACUCGUCGGGAUGAGACACCAAAAAAACACAGAGAGAAAAUAUUUAAGCCGAGCGAGCAAA